AUUUGAGUUUUUAGAUUCUUUCGGAAAUAAUAGUUUUAAAAAUAAUUAAAUCGAUCAUAAUCGAUCAAACGUAAUGUAUACACGAUGCUAAUUUCGCAUCGUUCGCAAUUGUCAAGCCGUAAUGUCUCGAUCACGUCGCAAACGUUCUUGGGCGCGCGUUUCGCGAUUUCUGGUCCUGAAAAAUAUCGAAAUUUCACGAAGCUAGUGAAAUUCCUUAUGGCCGAUACGCUGAAAGCAUGGCUGCAUACAAGGCUGGGUGUAAUCGUAGAUCUCACACCUGAGAUGUUUGGUCGUUACUCCAGAGACGGCACCUUGCUGGCCCAGAUUCUGCACAGCUACGACAUCAUCAGCAGCAGUCAACUAAGCACCAUCAUGCGCACGCAGGAUCCGGCAUUGUCCAGGGUGAACCUGAAGAUCCUACGAAUCUGGCUGAAGCUCAUCAACGUUACCCUGAGCGACGAAUGUAUCGACGAGAUCUCUAAAGGUAAAGGUGCAGCAGCUCUUCAACUUUACUACAAGGUUCAUCUGAGUCUCGAAGGUAAGGAUCGGCUGCAUUUCAUCGCUCUUCAGAAAGAGCGUAAAUAUAUGCCGAGUAGAUUCGACAUCUCCAAAGUAUCAGAGGAUCCGCCUUCUUAUCAACCACCCGAGCAUCCUCUUUCGCAACCGUUGAUCGAAUCGGCUGAUACCAUUCUCUGGCACAGAAGUAAAUUUUGGAUGAUUACUCAAUCCUGCAGACGAGAACGUCAACGAUUCGAAGCUCUCAUGAAAUAUCCUGUAGUCGAGUCUGUUGAAGAUAUCGUUCCGGAAGAGUUACCGGACGAGAAGGAGAUUGCGAGCAAGACCCUGGACGAGUUUGCUCGCAAGCAUCCACCUCAAAAGACGAAGAAAUAUCACGUGGUCGAAUGUUGUCCCCGAAAAAAAUUGUUAGCCAUGCCUAGCAUCGAGGAUCCCGUAGCCGCUGCGAGAUAUAUCGACUUGCUGAAGAAGCGCAGUGAAAAGGCUGCCAAAUCUCAUGCGUCCAAGCUGAAGAUACAAACCACAAUGAUGACAGAGGCUUGGGAGCAACUGCUGAGGAAACAGGACAGGUCUUUCGACGAAGCUCUCGGGAGGCGAGUUCUAGAUCAGUCACGUUACGAGAAACAGAUGAUGAGGAAGCUGUGCGAGGUGCGAGAUCUGAGGAAUAGAAUCGUGGAGAAUCGCAGGAUCGUUGACAUGAUGUUGCUGACAGCUAGAGAGAACGAGCUGCGAAUGAAGGAGGAUCGUCAUCGAGAGGCACUGAAAGAGGAGAUAAAGGAUGUAGAAAUGGAGGAACGCAGAAUGUGUGAGCUUCGUUGGAAAAUUCGUGAGGAGAAAAUGCACAGAAUAAAGGAGAAGCAUCGAGGCAUCUGUUUGAAAAUCAUAGAAGAUCUCACGGAUAUCGCGAUAAAGAUCGCCGAUUAUCGUCAAGCGAAUAAUAAUCAUAUUCCUUAUUCCAUUUGGAGCGAAUGGAAAACGUCGUUUCUGAGAAACCAACCGAUAUUCAAACUCGUAGACCAGCUCGAUAACUUCGAAGAAAUAGAAGACGUAGAAGAAAUAAAAAACAAUGAAGAAACGAGGAAUAAUAAAGGAAUAAUAAAGAACAAAAAUUAUCAUAAUCUAGACUCACCCUGGGAUCAAUUUGUGUCGAAGGCAGAAGAAAAAGAUGAAGAAGUUGUUAAACUGGGUCGUAUCGUACUUGGUUAUAUCGUUCAUCGCUUGUUGGAGAUCUUGUAUCCUUAUCCGAGUGAAACAGCGAAUUGUCCGGUACCAAGAGUAAAGGUUGCAGCGAUUAUCUUGGGGAUAAUAAAUCCAACUUUACACGAACAGCUGCGGGAAUUACUGAAGAAGAAUGGAAUAUAUUUGUUGAGAAUGGAAGAUGCAAUUAAUCAUUGUUUAGAGAGGUACAAACGGGAAAUGGCUGAUGUGAAGUACAUUGAUUUGAACAUCGUUUCGGCGACGACAAGAGAUAUUAAAAAAUUAGAGACCAAGAUGGACAUUUUGCAGGAUCGUCACCUGAGAAAGACUGAAAAGACAACGAGGAUAGCAACAUCCCAGCAGAACGCAGCUGAGGAGAAACAAACGCAGACGCCUAGGCAAAUUCCUUAUGAUGAUAUGGACCCGAUUCUGAGCGAUACCGCAUAUAUAGUAACGAGAAGAAACCGCGAUUUGAUUGAGGAAUGGCGUUAUGCCGUUUUGUUCGAAAUUGAUCGUAUUAAUCAGAGAUUGAAUGUGUUGAAUGCGGCCGCUCGAUUCGAUAUGAUUUUCUUGUUAGACACCAUGAAAGAGACUUUCCAUAGUGUUUACCAUCACAUCAUAGAAAGAUACAAACGCGAGAUCGAAAGUAUCAAUGAAAUGACGAACGUCUUUUGUUUUGCCAUCGAAGAGGAAAGGCCGAUUCAGCAGGAAUUAUUAUUAGACGGCGAUCAGUUUGUCGUGAAAUCGAACGUUUCGAUGUUUCCUGAAGAUCCCAAGCGGUUCGCUAUCCCGACCGAAGAAGCUCACUCGCCUCUGCGAUUCCGAAUGGUUCAACUCGGCCGACUGAUCGACAUUUUCGAACGAAUCGCUCCACGUGGAACAAUAAGCGAGCGUGCUCUGAUUUACGUUCUCCAGGACCUGGUGUCCUGCGGCGAGGAGGACUGUUAUCCGUCCUUCGUGCCAUGCGCCUGGCAACAACUGCGACCUCCGGAUAUCGAGAAACUGAUCGAAGGACUGUUUGGAACUACAGAGUAUAUUGACUGGCGAGAAUUCGUAGUGUACGCGAUGGACCUUCCUGUACCAUCCCAUGAAGAUAUCCUGAAGACGCGAAUGGCUUUUAGGAUGCAGGAUCAUGAUCUGAGAGAGACGGUCACCCAAGACCAGUUUCAUUUAACGCCGUUGUGGUUUCUCGAGAUUUCCACCCGUCACGAGAAAUUCCUUGAUGAAGAACUCGAGCGUAACAAUUACAACGAGAUGGAUAUGAUGUUACGCAAGGAAGCUCGACUGAGCGAAUGUAUUUCGAAUUUAGAGAGCAAUUUUUUAGAAACGGAUAAGGAUAAUUCUAGCGCAAUACUGAGGCUGAUGCUGGCAAAGGAACUUCUCUGUCGGAUGUACUUGGUAAAUCGAAACGCAAUCCAUUACACCGCAAUGUUGUUGGCCUUCUGCAAGGACGAAGAUCCUCGCGAAGGUCUCGGAAAAGCAUUCACUCUUGCCAUGGGUACCAGGAUUUGUACUGAUACAGCAGAAGGUGAAAGAUAUGUUGACGAGCUUCUUGAAGAGAAGCGCCGUGCAAAGAAAUUGGAAUUAAGUAAGGAUUAUCUUCGUGAGAAAGCUAAUGAGAUAGUGCGAGAAAUUAUUAAUCACAUAAUGAAUAGAGUAACAAAGACUAUCAUUAUAUUUGAAAAAAUUCACGAUCAUGAUCUACUUCCGAAACAUCGAAUAAUGAUACAGCAGUUAAAUGGAUUGGGCGAAAUAGAUCCAGCUCAACUUUUGCCACCGGAAGUAACGGCGGAGCACUUAGUUGUAGAUUUAUCUGUAUCGAGUGACGAACAAAAGACGUAUUUGCCAUCAAUUCCAUCAGCUGAUGGAGAGCCUGAAGAUUACGAAAUGAUUCGGCGAGAUAAUAGAAUGAUCUUUUGGCUGCCACGGGAUGUUUGCUUGACUGUUUUAUCUACAUGUUUACCGUGGAUUGCAUCACAGGCGAAUAUUUUUCAAACCUCUAUGAGUCUUUGCGAAGCAAUAGCACACGUAUACAAUGAAUUGAAAGAUGAGGAAUUAAAUGAUGAUGAAAAUCUUGUUUUAGUUCAUCGUUUAUUAAAUCAUAGUUUUAUUCGUGAAUUAUUAAGUGUUUCCGACAAGUUUGUUUCAAAAAAUAUGACAGAUCUAGUUCGAAACAUUCUAAAAGAAAAACAUAUAACAAUAUAA